AUGCCAAAAAACUUCAUGAUGCCUUCCUCGCUCGAGCCAUAUAAGGAGAUUGGUGACCCCCGGGCUCAUAUUAAAAAGUUUCAAUCCAUGAUGUUUUUUAACAGCGCUAACAAUGAGCUUGUUCUUUGCAGAGCUUUUCAUACUUACCUUGACGGAGCUGCACUACUUUGGUUUUCUAAACUAUCUGCAGGGUCAAUUUCUUCAUUUGAAGAGCUGGCGAGGUCUUUCAUCGACUACUUUGCAACUGUGCAGAUAUACGUGCACGGAUCAGAUUACCUCGGUACAAUCCGCCAAGGUCCACAAGAAAGCAUAAAAGACUACAUGACUAGAUUCGCUGAACCAACCAUAGAGAUACCAAAUCUGGACCCUGCAGUCCACCUACACACUCUUAAGGCAGGCCUUCGACCCGGUAAGUUCUGGGAAACGAUCGCGGUCACCAAGCCAAAGACAUUAGAGGAAUUCCGAGAAAGGGCGGCUGGACAGAUGGAGAUCGAAGAGCUCCGUGAAGCCAAAAGAAUAGAAAGAAAGCAACCAAGGAAGGAGGAAGACAGAACCAUAAGGUUGACAAAUAAUAAAGAAGCAAGAAAGCCAUUCAAGCUCACUCCAAAAUCCGACAAUUAUACCAGAUUCAACACAAAGAGAGAAAACAUAAUCAAAGAAAUUCUCAACGCCAAAAUUAUAAAGCCUCCAGCUCAGGCAGGGAGUUACCAGGAUCAACGAUUUGUAGACAGAAACAAACAUUGUGCCUUUCAUCAGAGAUAUGGGCACACGACUGACGAAUGUGUGAUACCAAAAGACUUGUUGGAAAGAUUAGCUCGGCAAGGCCUCUUGGACGAAUACAUCGAGGGAAGAAAGCAUAAAGAAAAUGGUCGGGACCGAGAAGAACGCCAACAAACAUCGGGAAGCAAGGAAGACAAUAAAUGGCCAAACACUACUCCACCAAAGGAAAUCAUAAACUGCAUAUCUGGAGGAUUCGCCGGGGGAGGUGAAACAAUCUCGGCGUGA